ACCGGGAUCGUCAGAGUGCCCUACGACUUGGCCGCGCACGCAUCCCUCCUCUAACAAGAGCAGCGAUAUCGAGUCGAUAUCGUGAGAGCGCGCGCGUCGACAACGACGAAGAGGAGACAGCGAGAACGUGAACGAGAGUCUUUAUAUUUUUCUUUAUCUUCGUUCAACAAUCAUCAAAAAGAAGAAGAAUAGUUUAAGGGAUUAAACGCUCAUCGAGCGUUGUACGAUAGCCGAAGAAAAAUAUAAAUCUUCAACGAAUUGUGUUACACGCUGGAACGGAACAAGCCCUUAGCUUUCAGAAAGUUCAGGACAACGUUGUGUGAACGCUGACGUUUUAACCACACGUGAACAAUGAAGUGGUACUUCCUAGUGUUGGUCGCUCUGAUCGCUUUCACCAGGGCCGACAAUGCGAUCCAGACGACGGACUUUACAAAUUUCAACUGUCCCGAUCUCAAUUCUCAAGAGGAGAUAGAUCUCGAUAAGAUAAUGGGCAAGUGGUAUGUCGUCGAAAUUCUGGACCAUAAGAGCGAUCCGAUAAAACACACGAACGGUAAACACGUAGUUCUCGAUUCCUGUCCAACCGUUCAUCUACGCUCGCACGAAUAUUCCUCGCUGACACUUCUCUGGACGGAGGCUGUUGGAAACUUGGAAUAUACGUUUCAGAUAUCUGACAUAACCAGGAGACCUGGAUUCUGGAUGUCAUCUACUCUACAAAAUGGAACGUUGACAGAAAAGAAAUACCAACAAUUCAUUGGUUGCGUUCACGUGAUGAAAGCUGUGGCCUCGGACAUGGUGUUGACCUUCUGCUCGCGAAGCCCAGGAAGUCAACUUUAUUCCUUGCUACUCUCUCGGGAACACACGCUUGGUGAGGCAGACAGACGAGGCGUUCACAAUCUUCUUGGCCGACGUGGUCUCAAGAUUCUAGGAAUUCGUGAGACCUGCAUGAACGGUGCAGCUGGAUGGAGAAGAGCUACGAUUGACCUCGUUGCCUCUACGACCCUUCUUGCUCUUCUAUCCUCCGUGAUUCUCUCAAGAUCCACGCAGUAAAACUUUUGAUAUGACCACAUGACUACUCCGCGAUUUCUCGAAGAGCCCUUUCGAAGAGUACUUCUCUCGUACUCUUUGAGUCACGUAGAUCUCGCGGAUAACUUCGCUCUCUUCCUGACAAAAUGCGUUUCGCAAUUUAUCAUUAUAUCGACGCUGCUCUCUCUCCCUCCCUCCCUCCCUCCCUCCCUCUCUCUCUCUCUCUCUCUCUCUCUCUCUCUCUCUCUCUCUCUCUCUCUCUCAAUUUCAAUCGAUUCACUCGAAUACCGUUAAAAUUAGUUGAAAAAUUUGUUUUUGAAACAGAUAACAAAGAAGAAAGGGACAAAGCAUUUCAAUAUCAAUGAUAUCGAUACCAAUCGAUAAUAGUACGAACAUUGUUACUUAUCUAUGAGAGAAAUUUCAACGAUAUUACUGUGAAUUGAUUUAAAUGAGAGACAUAUCCAAUAUAUAUAUAUAUAUAUAUAUAUAUAUAUAUAUAUAUAUAUAUAUAUAUAUAUAUAUAUAUAUAUACACAUAUACAUAUAUAUAUCUUUCGAUAUAUAUACAUAUAUACAUAUGAAUAUAUAUAUAUAUAUAUAUAUAUAUAUAUCUCAUCCUUCAUUCAUCGUUUACUUCGUUUUUAAAUAGUAUCAAAGAAUCGUUCAUAAGAAGAUAUUUCGCAUAAAGAUAUCGUUUUGAAGAGAGAGAGAAAAUAGAAAAAUAAAGAAAUUGAAAAAAAAAACUUUUAAAAAAAUUAAUAAUAAUAAUAAUAGUAAUAAUAAUAAUAAUAAUAAUAAUAAUAAUAAUAAUAAUUAUAAUAAUAAUAAUAAUAAUAAAUAGAAAAAAAUUCACGUUGAAAGGUCGGACUCCAAAACUUUGGUUUAAGUAACACGACAAUAUCGACUUACAAAAUGAUCCAAUUCAAUUUCAAUUUUUCAAUGGGUACGACUCUUCAAUGUAGAUAUCUUUCUAUCUUUGAAAUAGCAGUAAUAGGACAAAUUUUCAGAGAUGAUCCUAGUUUAUUCUACUCGUAAAUUUAACAAUCGAAAUUAUUCGAAAAAGGCUAAGAGAGACAUAAUGGCAUGGCUUAAUGUUAAAUGCCAAUUGGGCUUUUUUAUGCGAUUACGCGAAUUUUAAUCAUCGAUAAAGUAAAGUUCGAGUUUAAUAAUACUCACAUCUACAUCGCUAUGCGUAGCAAUUUUUUUCUGAUAUAAAUAAAUAGAUAAUUAAGUAACUCAAUUGUUCUAUUCUCAAAGUAUCAGCUGCUUAUCGCAUACAUAGACAUGCCAGGGUGUGUUUAUUAAGGGAGAAAAGUGAACUGUUGAUUUUUUAAGAUUCAUUAAUAGAUCAUUAAUCUUGUUUAUCUUUUUCUUUUUUCUUUUCUUCUUUCUUUCUUUCGAAUGAUCGUUUAAAAUCGAUCAUCGAUCUCGUCGUUCGUAGGUCGUCUUGAUGUUAACGACCGACAAUAUUUUAGCUAGAUCCUUAAUAUGUAUAAAACGACGUAUGCAGUUAAUUGUUGAUUCGAAUUGUAAUCUAUGCAAAAGAAAAAAGAAAAAAAAAAAAGAAAAAAAAAUAAU